AUGUAUCUAAUGUAUCUAACAAAUGUUGUGGACAGCGUGAACCAUCAUCUAUGGGCAAAAAACACCAAAAUUCUGCUGCUGCUCAAGCCAGAACUGCAAGAUGGAAUUCCAGAGCACCCCUUCCAAGUCCCAAGGCUACUGCUGACUCAGAGCCUCCAAUCCAAUAAUGCGAAGCCACAGAACAACACAAUUACAUUGCCAUUGAACCUGAUUCGUGUUCAGAAUCUCUUGGGUGACAAGUUAGAGCAGAAUAUGUGCAUGCUGCAAGCUGAAAGUGCCACUGAAGCAGUCCUACUCACCAAACCCACCGCAUUCGAGAAAAUUGCAACAGGAGUCUCGAGUGCAAUCUGGAAAAAAACCAAAAAAAGUCGAGGACUUGGGUACAAUGGCCAGUCACAGCAGACACAUGAGUGGCAAGCACACCACCUGGUGCAGCUUUGUCAGAGGCUCCCAUACUGCGACCAACAAAUGAUCCUUUUAUGUAUCUGUCAGAUUCAGAUUCAGAUGGUUGGAGCAGUGAUGAUGAAAAAGACGGCACCACGUGACUCUAUGGAAUAUGGGAAGAAUUAUGAAGGGUAUUUGAAUGGUGAAUGGUUUUGCACUCAGGCAUUGAUUUCUCACCAAACACAGUCCCAGAUGGCUGAGAAAAUUAUUCUGGCAUUCGAAGCAGCUCAUGGAGCAGGUUAUCAGGCUUUAUUCAUCAUCGACAAUUCCCAGGGGCAUUCAGCAUAUGCUGAAGAUGCACUUCGGGUUGGUAAUCGCAUGAAUGUUAAUCCCAGUGGCAAACAGGCAUGGAUGCGGAAUGGAUGGUGGAUAGAGGCUUACAGAUCAGGCUUACCAACAAAGGAGGCUCAAUUACAGGUCCGACAGUUCAGCUCCACAAAGUAUAAAUCACACAGACGCAUUCCAGAGAUGGUAGCAUGUCUUUUUGACUGA